AUGUCGACCAUUAAGUUGAAGACAAGCGAUGGUUACAUUCGGACGGUUGAUAUCCAAAGGAUCAAACUGUCUAUUACUUUGAAAGAUAUGAUGGAGUCUACUGAAGACCACAGCACAUCCAUAUCAGUCAACAACAUAACUGCCGCUACUUUGGAUAAAGUGAUUGAAUGGAUUGAUUACCAUUGGGACGACCCAAUCGACAUCAAUGACAAUACAGAUGAAGACGACACCUGCGCUAAAACAACUGAAGAGAUGACCGAUUGGGAGAACAAAUACUUUGACAUCGAUCGGGACCUAUUGUUUGAUCUGUUAGUGGCAGCCAAUUAUCUUAACAUUAAUGGAUUAUUACGAAUUGCCUGCAAAGUGGCCGCUAAUCAGAUCAAAGGUAAAUCACCCGAAGAAGUUGGUCAACUUUGGGGUAUUAAAUGUGAUUUGACUGAUGAAGAAUUGCAACGAAUCAAUAAAGAAAACUCUUGGAUUGAAAAAGAUCUAAAUUUGUGA